UCCUGUUAUGACUGCGAGGUCCAGUUUCAAUCACUGGCGUCAGACAGGCGCAGGACCCCCUAACUUAAACCCUUCACCCUUUUUAAUAUUUCGUAUUUAAUUAUGAAUCGGAUAACUAUACUCUCAGUGAACGUCGAGGGCUGAUCCCUUAACAACGUUUCACGAUAUUGAAAUAAAAUGUUACAACGGAUGGUGUUGAUACACGUCAUUUUUUGAGACUCGCUCGGGAUUGGACACAAUAUUUUGCGGAUGGAGGAUUUAACUAAUAUGCAUGUAAUGGAUAGUAGUGAUCAACUUUAAAGUUUGCGUCGGUAGGCGUUGAUCGGACCCGGGUCGGUUUGACGCGGUUAACGUCGAAACAUUGAUCCGCCGUCGACGAUCUGCCCUCUUCAGAGCUCUGCGAAUAUGAUGAUGUCAUCGACGCCACUUUUUCCUGAAGUUAUGGCGGAGCGCAACUUUCUAACUCGUUCUGACUAUUAAGAGCACUCUUCUCGCUAAUGGAGCACCUUCAGUGCGCGUGGAAGACCCUGAGCAACGGCUUUGGAAUGAAGGACUCUGUGUUCGAGGGCCCCUGCCAUUCCCCCACCAUGGUCCAAGGCUUCCCCUACCAGCGCCGCUCCUCAGACGACGGCAAGAUGCCUGACUCAAAGGCCAGCAGCACAAUCCGCGUGUACCUCCCCAACCAGCAGCGCACCGUGGUAAACGUGCGACCAGGUCUAACCCUGCACAGCUGCCUCAUCAAGGCUCUGAAGGUGCGCGGGUUGCAGCCGGAGUGCUGUGCCGUCUUCAGACUGCACCCGGGCCAGAGGAAUAAAAAAUUCCGGAUGGAUUGGAAUACCGACUCCACAUCGCUGAUCGGGGAAGAGCUGCUGGUGGAAGUUUUGGAUCACGUUCCUCUCACCACGCACAAUUUUGUUAGAAAAACAUUUCUCAAGUUGGCCUUCUGUGACAUUUGCCAGAAGUUUCUUUUGAAUGGUUUCCGUUGCCAAACGUGUGGCUACAAAUUCCAUGAGCAUUGUAGCACCAAAGUUCCUACAAUGUGUGUGGACUGGAGCAAUAUCAGACAACUCCUGUUGUUCCCAACACCAGGAGAAAGUGGUGGUCCGUCCUUACCCCCACUGACGUCUCGGCGAAUGAGAGAGUCCUUGUCUCGUUUUCCCAAUAGCGCUAUGCAUCGCUACUCUACGCCCCAUGCCUUCAACUACACCACGCCGUACCCGCCCACAGUGGGCUCUCUGUCCCAGAGGCAGCGCUCCACCUCCACCCCCAACGUCCACAUGGUCAGCACCACCCUUCCCGUCGACAGCAGCAUGAUUGAGGAUGCCAUGCGGGAUCAUGAUUCUGCCGAGAGCUCUCCCAGUCAGAGCCCCACUGGUUGGGCUCCGGCCCAGCAUAGAACCCUGACCCCGGCCCAGCGGGAGCGGGCCACGUCCUUCAACACUCAGGAGAAGAACAUCAUCAGGCCGAGGGACAAGCGGGACUCGAGCUACUACUGGGAGAUCGAGGCCUCCGAGGUCUUCCUGCAGUCCCGCAUUGGCUCCGGCUCCUUUGGGACGGUAUACAAAGGGAAAUGGCACGGUGACGUAGCAGUGAAGAUCCUGAAGGUGACGGAUCCAACACCGGAGCAGUUUCAGGCCUUCAGAAAUGAGGUGGCCGUCCUUAGGAAGACGCGUCAUGUCAACAUCCUGUUGUUCAUGGGCUACAUGACGAAGGACAACCUGGCCAUCGUCACGCAGUGGUGCGAGGGCAGCAGCCUGUACAAGCACCUGCACGUCCAGGAGACCAACUACAAGAUGUUCCAGCUCAUAGACAUCGCCCGGCAGACUGCACAGGGCAUGGACUAUCUGCAUGCAAAGAACAUCAUUCACCGCGACAUGAAGUCCAACAACAUCUUCCUGCAUGAAGGUCUGACGGUGAAGAUCGGGGACUUCGGCCUGGCCACGGUGAAGGCCCGGUGGAGCGGGUCCCACCAGGUGGAGCAGCCAUCGGGGUCCAUACUGUGGAUGGCCCCCGAGGUGAUCCGGAUGCAGGACAACAACCCGUACAGCUUCCAGUCAGACGUGUACUCCUACGGUGUGGUUCUGUACGAGCUCAUGACGGGAGAACUGCCGUACGCUCUGAUAGACCGAGACCAGAUCAUCUUCAUGGUCGGCCGAGGCUACCUGUCCCCUGACCUUAGUAAGCUCUACAAGAGCUGUCCCAAAGCCAUGAAGAGACUGGUGGCAGACACCAUCAAGAAGCUUAAGGAGGAACGCCCUCUGUUCCCUCAGAUCUUGUCCUCGAUCGAACUGCUGCAGCAUGCUCUGCCUAAGAUCAACCGCAGUACCUCAGAGCCCUCUCUGCACCGGGCGUCCCACGCCGAGGACAUCGACGUCUGCACCCUCACCUCCACCCGCCUGCCGGUCUUCCAGACGCGCCUGUCACCGCUGCAUAUGCCCCCUUCGUCUUUCUCAUACAUGUCCAACGAGUUGUAGCAUAUAGAAACCUGAAGCGGUCCCAAAACGUCCCAACUCUUCCACAUAAUGCUGCAAAGAAACCAACAGGAUACAAGUUACGUGUGUGUGUGUGUGUGUGUGUGUGUGUGUGUGUGUGUGUGUGUGUGUGUGUGUGUGUGUGUGUGUGUGUGUGUGUGUGUGUGUGUGUGUGUGUGUGUGUGUGUGUGUGUGUGUGUGUGUGUGUGGCUUAUAAAUGUGGUAGAAUUGAAGUCAUCACUAUGUGUCCAGAGGCUUGCUUACCCGCGGUGGGGGACAGUAGAAGGAAAAGUGUAAAUGUGUAAAAAGAAUGUGUGCGCAGAACCUACCUAGAGAAAGAAACUAUUUUGACAUUGAAGGAAAAGAGAGGAACGGGUGUUUUCUCUCUGACUCUGGGCUGUUUGUGGUUUUAGGUGGGGGGGGGGGGGGAGGGGGCUGUGCUUGCGUCUGCUGGCCCAGUUUUCCGAUUAAGAGGACGUUUUUGAAUGCCUACUUGCCUUUAAAGCCUGAACCUCAACCGCGCACAGUGUCGCCUCACGUGGGGCUCACAAAAAUAAGCGGUUGGAUGUAUUUUUUAUUUUUUUUUGCACAAUUGGGAUUUGGUGUAUUUUUUUCUGUUUUUUAUUCAGUGUCUUAAUCAAUCUGAUAUUGAUUUGGGAAAUUAUAUUUGCGCUAAAUGCCCUUUUUAAAUGCCCUUACCUGUAUUUUUUUUUUUUUUUUUUUUUUUUUCAUAUUUGGGUUUGAAAUGGGGAUUGUGGAAGAAUAUACGCCAAUUUAAAGCAAGCGUACAUAACUUGAGGAAAACUUUGAUUUGCACAUUUUAGCUAAAGCGAUGUCUGAGCAUAGUUUUGCCUGUGGCUCUGUUAUAGAUGCCGUACGCUUUUUUUAAGCAACCUCAUUUUGAGUAUCAUCAUGAGCUGGAGAUUUUGGCUGUUGUCUUAAAUAUUUAAAAAACAAGAUAUUUGAGAGGAUAAUCAACUUUUUCAUUUUGGUAGGAGAUUAAACUUUUUAUUUUAAACUUGUCAAAGUUUAUUCAAUGCUGUUUUAAUAAAAAUUAAGUUAAAUUUCUUCGCUAAA